ACUGCUUUCUGCUUUUUCAGUGGGCUCCCUGCUGGCCACCUAUGGCUGGUACAUUGUCUUCAGCUGCAUCCUUCUCUACGUGGGCUUUCAGAAGCUUUCCACCCGGCUGAGGGCCUUGAGGCAGAGGCAGCUGGACCGAGCUGCGGCCGCUGUGGAACCUGACGUUGUCGUAAAACGACAAGAGGCUUUAGCAGCUGCUCGCCUGAAAAUGCAAGAAGAAUUAAACGCCCAAGUUGAAAAGCAUAAGGAGAAACUAAGACAGCUCGAAGAGGAGAAAAGGAGACAGAAGAUUGAAAUGUGGGACAGCAUGCAAGAGGGAAAAAGUUACAAAGGAAGCGCCAGAAGGCCUCAGGACGACGACAGCCCGGGGCCUUCGACCUCAUCAGUUCUCCCGAAGCGGAAGUCUGACAGAAAGCCUCUGCGGGGAGGAGGUUACAACCCUUUGUCUGGCGAAGGCGGCGGAGCCUGCUCCUGGAGACCUGGACGCAGAGGCCAGUCCUCCGGUGGAUGAGGCUAAGAAUCUUGCUGGUGUCGCUUUCGACAUUAGCAAGAUGAACCCUUAACCCUCAGUUCAAUUGCCUUACGCACGCUUUUCACAGUGACUAGCCAAGGGGACGUGGAGUUUUAUUUCUGUUCUUAACUACACCUGUAUCUUGAAGAGUUGGCGUCAACAUAGGGUAUAGAUAAUUGCCACUAGGCAGCAGUGGCAGUUGGUCACGCUUCACUAAAGCCAGUGACUGCAUCAUUGAUUUCAUGGGUAAUUGGCAGUUGGUAGGUAAAAGCUUCCCGGUGAUUGGCGAUGUUAAUAAAAGAGACCUAUGAUCCUUCGGGUUAGAAGUCCUCACUGGCAGGGCCGUCUCUGUGACAGGUUGCGUUGAAUGAAGUCUUCCUUGUAAACGGUGAGCCCGCCAGCGAGGAUUACUGAAGCACACAGUUGAUGGGGUUGUUUCUGUAUAUUUACUUUUAUGUACAGAACUUUGUAAAAAAAGAAACUGUAAAUAUUUAAAAAAAAAAAAAAAA